AUGGCAACCAAUAACUCCGCCGAGUUCCAGUGGCUGGCCCAACUGGCGGCCAUGCGCGAAGCUAUCGCCGAGUUGAAACUGCCAAAGGACCCCGCAAAAGACCUUGCUUACGGCAGUGAUUUGGAUUUGGAUCUGGACGACGAUUACUCUUCUCCCGGAACCGUCGAUGAUAUCUGGGAUGUCAUUAGUUCCGAUGAUGAGUCUAGUGUGGGCCUCGACGAGACAGAUCGUGUCGUUUCUCCCCCGACGAACGCCUACGAUCAAAACUGGCUAGAGCAGAAAUGCCUGGGCCUCAGUCUCCAAAAGCCCGGAUUAGACGCGAAUGAGCUGGCGCAGCAGAUUUCGGCUACUUUGGCCACGGACAGUGGCGAUGACGAGCUACAGAUGUCUCUGGCGGAGAUCGUGGGCUUCGACGACCUGGACUUCGUAAUUGAAUUGAUUGCACACCGGGCAGAGAUCCUUGCGAGCGCUGCCACCGGCCCCGAAGCGCAGACUGACGGCCUGAUGUCCGGAAGGCUCCAAACCAAGGCCGAGCGAGAACGAGCAUUGCGGCAGCAGGACUACGAGCACAAACAUACCCCGCUGCUCCCCGCCCAGACCAGACAGGAGCCACAGUACCCGCACGUCUUCAAGAUGCACGACUCGCGAAAUACCCUGGCGCUGGGCGGGAAGAAAUACGGGCUCCCCAUGGGCAGUAAACAGAUCGAGGAGCAGAAAUACACCGAAAUUGAAGUCCCAGCAUCCCGGGUUGGCACGCUCGCUGCCACACAAAAGCUAGUUCCAAUCGCGUCGAUGGAUGGCCUGUGCCAAGGGACUUUCAAAGGUUACAAAACAUUGAAUCGCAUGCAGAGCUUGCUGUAUGACGUGGCCUACAAGACCAGUGAAAACAUGCUUAUCUGUGCCCCAACCGGUGCUGGUAAGACAGAUGCGGCUAUGUUGACGAUCUUGAACGCUAUCGGCAAAAAUACCGCCCCGAACCCCGUGGAAGAGCCAGAGGCAACAGAGUUCGCAGUCCAGGUCGACGACUUCAAGAUUGUCUAUGUCGCUCCGAUGAAGGCUUUGGCGGCUGAAGUCACCGAAAAGCUCGGCAAGCGGCUCGCCUGGCUAGGCAUUCAGGUCCGUGAAUUGACCGGCGAUAUGCAAUUGACCAAGCGAGAGAUCGUUGAAACACAAAUUAUUGUCACCACCCCUGAAAAAUGGGAUGUGGUGACCCGAAAGAGCACUGGGGAUACCGAGCUCGUCCAAAAGGUCCGCUUGUUGAUCAUCGAUGAGGUUCACAUGCUUCACGAUGAGCGUGGUGCAGUGAUCGAGUCCUUGGUGGCCCGUACCCAGCGUCAGGUUGAGAGUACACAGUCGCUCAUCCGCAUCGUUGGUCUUUCUGCGACCCUGCCCAACUAUAUAGAUGUGGCCGACUUCUUGAAGGUCAAUAAGAUGGCGGGGCUGUUUUAUUUUGACAGCUCUUUUCGUCCAGUUCCUCUCGAACAACAUUUUAUCGGUGUCAAGGGGAAGCCGGGCUCGAAGCAAUCUCGCGAAAAUCUUGAUGUUGUCGCCUUCGAGAAAGUGCGUGAUAUGCUUGAGCAUGGGCACCAAGUCAUGGUCUUCGUGCACUCGCGCAAAGACACUGUCCUGACUGCUCGUAUGCUGAAGCAGUUGGCUGCUGAGGAGGGAUGCGAAGACUUGUUCAGCUGCCAGGAUCAUGAGAAAUAUUCCAGCGCGCUCGGGGAUAUGAAACAUGCCCGUGCUCGCGAGCUGCGGGAUCUAUUUGCCAGUGGGUUUGGAACGCACCAUGCCGGCAUGAGCAGAAGUGAUCGUAACUUGAUGGAACGCAUGUUUUCGGAAGGCUUGAUUAAAGUCUUGUGUUGUACAGCUACGCUUGCCUGGGGUGUUAACCUUCCCGCAGCAGCAGUCGUCAUCAAGGGAACGCAGUUGUAUAACCCGCAGGAAGGUAAAUUUGUCGAUCUUGGUAUUCUCGAUGUGCUACAGAUCUUCGGUCGUGCCGGCCGGCCACAAUUCCAGGACACUGGUAUUGGUUUCAUUUGCACGACACACGAUAAGCUACACCAUUAUCUCUCCGCAGUCACCUCCCAGCAACCGAUCGAAUCUCGAUUUUCCAGCCGGCUAGUGGAUAACCUUAAUGCCGAGAUCUCCCUCGGUACAGUCACCUCAGUUCCAGAAGCGGUGCAGUGGCUGGGCUAUUCGUAUCUGUUUGUGCGCAUGCUGCGUGAACCGAGGAACUAUGGCAUCGACUGGGCGGAGAUUCGAGACGACCCUAUGCUGGUCCAGAGACGUCGUCAGUUGAUCAUCCAGGCUGCGCUUGUAUUGCAGAAGAGCCAGAUGAUCAUUUACAACGAAAAGACUGAGGAACUGCGCGCAAAGGACGUUGGGCGCAUUGCAAGUCAGUACUAUGUCUUACAGACUAGCAUUGAAAUCUUUAAUGAAAUGAUGCGCCCUCGAGCCGGUGAAGCGGAUGUGCUGAGGAUGAUCAGUAUGAGCGGUGAAUUCGACAACAUUCAAGCCCGCGAGAAUGAAUCCAAGGAACUCGAUCGGCUACGUGAAGAGGCGAUCCAGACUGAGAUCGCAGAAGGCAAUGACUCGCCCCACGCCAAAACGAACAUUCUACUUCAGUCUUAUAUCUCGCGUGCCAAGAUCGAGGACUUCGCUUUGGUUUCAGAUACUGGUUAUGUGGCACAAAAUGCGGCCCGUAUCUGUCGUGCUUUGUUCAUGAUUGCAUUGAACCGACGCUGGGGUUAUCAAUGCCAGGUGCUCUUGUCGCUGUGCAAGUCUAUCGAAAAGCAAAUCUGGCCCUUUGACCAUCCGUUCCACCAAUUCGACCUCCCUCAGCCGAUCCUCAGGAACUUGGACGAGAAACUUCCGAGUUCAUCCAUCGAGUCAAUGCGCGAUAUGGAGGUUGCGGAGAUUGGCCAGCUUGUCCACAAUCAAAAGAUGGGCAAGACAUUGGCCAAGUUACUGGACAAUUUCCCUACCCUCAGCGUGGAGGCCGAAAUAGCUCCUCUGAACAGAGACGUCCUUCGUAUCAGACUCUGUCUCUAUCCCGAGUAUGUCUGGAAUGAUAGGCACCACGGUGCCUCUGAGUCCUAUUGGGUCUGGGUGGAGAACUCGGAAACCUCAGAGAUCUACCAUCACGAGUAUUUCAUUCUCAGCCGGAAGAAGCUCCAUGACGAGCAUGAGCUCAACUUUACGAUUCCACUGUCAGACCCGUUGCCCAGUCAGAUCUACGUCCGCGCCAUUUCCGAUCGAUGGCUGGGAGCAGAAACCGUUACGCCCGUCUCUUUCCAACACUUAAUUCGUCCAGACACCGAAAGUGUGUAUACGGAUCUCCUGGACCUGCAACCUCUUCCCAUUUCUGCCCUCAAGAACCCCCUUCUAGAGGAGUUAUACGGGCAACGGUUCCAGUACUUCAAUCCUAUGCAGACGCAAAUCUUCCAUCUUUUGUAUCACACCCCAGCGAAUGUUCUCCUGGGCUCUCCUACGGGUAGUGGAAAGACCGUGGCUGCGGAACUGGCGAUGUGGUGGGCCUUCAGGGAGAAGCCUGGUUCAAAGGUUGUAUACAUCGCCCCAAUGAAGGCUCUUGUCCGUGAGCGCGUACAGGACUGGAAGAAACGCCUUACAGCCCCCAUGGGACUGAAAUUGGUCGAGUUGACUGGUGACAAUACGCCUGACACGCGGACCAUCCGUGACGCGGAUAUCAUCAUUACAACGCCUGAAAAAUGGGACGGUAUCUCGCGUAGUUGGCAGACCAGAGACUACGUGCGGAAGGUGAGCCUAGUGAUAAUUGACGAGAUUCACCUGCUAGGCGGUGAUCGAGGUCCUAUUCUGGAGAUCAUUGUCUCGCGAAUGAACUACAUCGCUUCGCAGUCUAAGGGAUCCGUCCGGCUGAUGGGCAUGUCGACUGCUUGUGCCAAUGCUACCGAUCUCGCGAACUGGCUGGGAGUCAAGGAGGGAUUGUAUAAUUUCCGACAUUCUGUGCGCCCUGUCCCUCUCGAGAUCUACAUUGACGGUUUCCCCGAACAACGUGGAUUCUGCCCUCUGAUGCAGUCCAUGAACCGGCCGACUUUCCUUGCGAUUAAGAACCACUCACCCGAGAAGCCGGUCAUUGUCUUUGUUGCCUCCCGUAGACAAACCCGACUCACGGCCAAGGACCUGAUCAACUUCUGUGGAAUGGAAGACAACCCACGCCGGUUUGUCCGCAUGAGCGAAGAGGACUUGCAGCUAAACCUAGCAAGAGUCAAGGAUGAUGCGCUCCGGGAGGCGCUCAGUUUCGGCAUUGGCUUGCAUCAUGCCGGUCUGGUGGAAUCGGACCGACAGCUCGCGGAGGAACUCUUCGCGAAUAACAAGAUACAGAUUCUUGUGGCAACCAGCACUCUUGCGUGGGGCGUCAAUCUUCCGGCGCAUCUGGUGGUUGUCAAGGGCACUCAGUUCUUCGAUGCGAAGAUUGAAGGCUAUAGGGACAUGGAUCUGACUGAUGUCCUGCAGAUGCUCGGUCGUGCUGGUCGUCCCCAGUUCGACUCCUCUGGUAUCGCACGCAUUUUCACCCAGGACUCCAAGAAAGCAUUUUACAAGCACUUCCUCCAUACCGGCUUCCCCGUCGAGUCCACUCUGCACAAGGUCCUCGACAACCAUUUGGGCGCCGAAGUAUCCGCAGGCACGAUCGCCACGAAACAAGACGCCUUGGACUACCUGACAUGGACGUUCUUCUUCCGCCGACUGCAUAAGAAUCCCUCCUACUAUGGUCUUGAAAUCUCCGCUGAGGAGCACAACACCAUGGCUGCCCAGGCAAUUGCGCAGGAUUUCAUGAUCGAUCUGGUGGACAAGUCACUCGGAGAGCUAGCCGAGUCAUCGUGCGUUAUUCUUGACUCCGCUACAGGCGACGUCGACCCCACGCCGUUCGGCAAAAUCAUGAGUUACUACUACCUGUCGCACAAGACGAUCCGCUACCUCAUGUCGCACGCUAAACCGAACCCGACUUUCCAAGACGUGCUGAGCUGGAUGUGCUCUGCAACCGAAUUCGACGAGCUGCCCGUCAGACACAACGAAGACCUCAUCAACGCAGAGCUCGCCCGCAAUUUGCCCCUCUCUGUGGAAUCCAUGGGCGAUCUCCCCAUGUGGGAUCCCCACAUGAAAGCCUUCCUCCUCCUGCAAGCAUACAUGUCGCGGAUCGAUCUCCCGAUAUCUGAUUACGUCGGAGACCAGAUCUCGGUCCUGGACCAGGGCAUCCGUAUCCUGCAGGCAUCCAUCGAUGUGAUGACAGAACUGGGCUACCUGCCCGCCUGCCAGCAGCUGAUGACGCUACUCCAAUGCAUCAAGUCUGCGCGCUGGCCUGAGGACUACCCGUUGUCCAUCCUACCAGGCAUCGAUGUCGAAAGACCAUCAACCGCCUUGCCGGAGACUUUGGUGGCUCUAUCCGCUAUGCCCACUGGCGCUGUGUCGUCCCUCGCCCGCAAACUGCAACUGCCUGCUGCACAGUUCACAAAGGCCGUCUCGUACCUCCCGAGCAUCUCCCUGGAGAUUUCCAAUGUGUCGUCAACCGGCAUCACCAUCUCCUUGUCUCGUCAGAACCCCCCAACCGACUCGGAGUACAGGAUCUACGCGCCGCGGUUCCCGAAACCUCAGACGGAGGGCUUCUUCCUGGUUGUGUGCGCCGCCAAAUCCGAUGGCUCCGAUGGUGAGAUUCUAGGCAUGAAGCGCGUGUCCUGGCCGUCCGCCACCAAGCAGAACGGUUUCAGGAACGGCAGCGGGAGCUCCAGCAAGAGAUCGAACCCAUCAAAGGGCGCGAAUGCAGGCCCCACCGUCCGGUCCUCUGUUAAGUUCCCGGGGACUCUGCUGGAUCAGUUCGCUGCUUCAGCCGCUCCAGGGAAGAUUGCUGUCAAUAUCAAGGUCAUCAGCGAUUCCUACCCUGGUAUGCAGUGGGUCAUGUCGAAUGUGGCGGUUGAGCUGGCAUCUUCGGCGCAGGCUCUGCCUGGGCCUGGGGGUUUCCCUGAGAAGGGCUGA